AUGGUUAAAAAAUAUUGGAACACCCUCUGGCUGCAAUCACCAACUAAACUUCACGAUGUUAGGAAAGACAUCUACGAAGACGUGCCAACCUUUGGUAGACGAGAGCAGUGCGUCUUACACCGUAUCCGAAUAGGCCACACAAACAUAACCCACUCCUUUCUCAUCUCUAAAAAGUCUCGAAACCUGUGCCAAAGCUGCAACACACCGUCCACUGUUAGACAUCUCCUGAUAGAGUGCAACAACUUCCAACAGGCCAGACAACGUGCAGGUUUUACCAACGACCUCCAAGUGAUGCUCAAAGACGACGAGAAGUGUAGAAAAGUGUUGGCCUUUCUCCUAGAAAUUUCAAUGUUCCAACUAAUUUAA